UUGCGUGUCACAAUCUCACAGCUUACACAUAAUCCAUCUAUUUACUUCAAUGUUGGUCUAUAUCACGUCUGAUGUUCGACCACGCUCAAAUAAGUUAGGUUAAAAUUGUUAUUUACUUCACCAAAAAUGUACCAAUUUUUCCACCAAAAUUUGCAGGUGUCAGAAAUUUUGUGGAUUUCAUGUUUAAAGAGGGAACCACUGAUUGAGCUGAGCAUGAGAAUAGGGGAUAUGUGGACGAAACUCUGAUGAAUUGUCUGGCUUGAAAUUGAACCUGUUUACAACUAACCGCUGCCAUGCCACCACUUGCAAUCUACAUUUUGCGAUGAACUUUUUUGUAUUAGUAGCUCACUGCGUUCUCAUAAACUUAUUUGUUAGAGUCUUCGGCAAAUUUUACAUUCAGUUUCGAGUUGACCGGCCUAAGACGCUCAUUCGUCGAAUCAUCGGUAAUGAUUAUUGGGAUCAGCCCCAGUGGCGCAUCUACACUUGCUCCAACUCCACAAGCAUCAACAAUGACUCGGCUGCUGUUCACUGUGAAAGGAUCAAGCCUCCUUGGCCCGCGAAAAGGUUGAGGUUCUGGAGUUUUUACGUUGAGCGACUUUUUUUUAAAACGUAUCGACCGCUAGAAACAAGCAGCGUAUCGUACAAGUUUUCUGACAUUACCGUGGAUCAGCUACCAGCAGAAAUCUGGAUUGGUUCUUAUUACGCUUCAGACCUCCCAUACUUGUACAAGACAAAAGACAUGUUCGACUUUUUCGAGAGCAAGACCGACGGUUGGCUCAACAUCAUCAAAGACAAAUCUCUCCAAGAGAACCUGGUUGAAUACUUGGCCGCUCCGGAUGUAAGCUGGGCAUGCGGCAAUCCAAACAUUACUGCAUCCUAUAUCAAAGCCUACGUUGCAUAUAUGACUAAAGUGAUACUUUUCUACGACUCCUACAUGAUUGAAAAAGAUCUCAAAUAUAAUAUUUCGGAUGCAUCAUUAGACUGGAGAGGUCCCACUUGGCUGAACUGGAAGUUACUCAAACCAGUGAAAAAAGUAUACAAUCGCUACAAGAAAGGAGUUGAUACGAUGCACGAGUUGUGGCUAAUGAAUCCGGAGUCGGAAGGAUUGCUGAGGAAGAUGAUCCCUGUUUUGACGAGUAAGGCAAUGGAUCCGUGCUUCUUGCAGGGCGUGCUCAGCUCUUUCCCGGAGGGAUCCGGCAUGGAGAGUUACGAAUACCGAGGGAACCCCAAAGAUUUCUUAUGUACGAUCUACUGCCGCUUCUCCCACGUUGUGAGCCGGCUCUACCUCAACAGUGGAAGUCCUGCAGCGUGCGCCCUCACAGGCCGUGGUGGUCGCCAGAAUGGUGGCAUGUGCGAAAAGGAACUUUGUAUCUGCAACUUCUCCAAGCGAACUAAGAGAAAAAUAAUUGGAACUGCAUUUUCUACCACAUUCCGCUAUUGCAUGAACGUUUUUAAUCUUCGACGAUACAACGAAACUCAUCGUUGUAGGCCGAAUCCGACAUGAAUCGUUUCUAAUACCCAUGUUACAUCAUAAGAACCUUCCAUCUGACUUUUUGUGCGAUAUUAAAUUAAAAACGGAUGCUAAAUCUUGCAGCUAUGCGAAGCGCUUUGAACGCCGUUCGUGAAUUUAAUGAGCUCCAUAACAAGACGAGCAGGGAGGAAAUAUACGGAUUAGAACCUUUA